UGGAAUUCGAAGACGAUGGAAAAGAGCGAACGCGAUAACAGUAUGGACGAAGAUUCUCAGGAGAUCGAUAACACAUACUACGAAUCUGAAACUGUGUUAUUCAAGAAGCAGGAUCUCUGCAAAGAAGAGAAUCUGAACCAAGUCUGGAAGAAAGAGGUGGAAACAGUCUUUGAAUCUCAUGGCCUUUCAUGCAAAUUGAACUGGGAUGAGGGUAAGAUGACUGUCAGUGCAACAAAACGUACUCAACGUACUCUGUUCCAUGAUAUUUUUGACAGGGGUUUUAAUGCUCUCUCUGUUCUGGCAUGUGGUCUCGGCACUGAAUGGGUUGAACCAAUCGUCUCGGGCUGUAUCUAUAGUGAUGUCAUGUAUAUCAGAAUACCAGAUGGCAUGAGUGAGGAUGAUUUUUCAAGCAAGUAUCAUGAUUUCAUAGACAAAUUUGAACACAAAUUUGGACUACCUCGAAAGCUGUCCUGCUUUGUUCUUUAUCAAGAAGCAGCGGUUGUCGUCCUUUCCGAUAAAGCCGGGUCAACAAGUACAGUGAGGAAUCUUGUGUAUAGUUGUCUAAUUGGCGAUGACCCUUUUGAUGAAGACCAUUUUCAUGAAUUGUUCCUUGAUGAUCUUUAAAGCACCCAAUAGAUGAAGGUUAGACAAAAGAUCAGAUUAUGUGUUAUGCAGCUCCAGGCACACUUGCUCUCUGUUGAGUGCUGACUUAAACUGCACUUUUAUGAACCGUCUAGUUUGCUGCUUUCACUGUUUUGGGUAGAAAACAUUUUACUGGUGUGUUUAUGUGGUUGCUCUCUCUCAUUCCAUGUUAAUUUUUAGUAGGUA